CAGUGCCAUUCCCUUUGGGGACCUUUUUCUUUCAAAUCACCAGAGUGUGAUAAUCCCCAUCUCAAAGCACCAGACUGAGGACUCAGGGACGAGGUGGGACCAUUCGACCUCAGCAUCGACAUUGAGAUAGCAUAGCCAAAUCUUGACUCUGUGGCUUGGUUUGACUUCCUGGGCUUUGGAGCGGCUGUCUGCAGUGUGUGUGGCAGGUUGUGGGUGCUCCUAAGGAGUUGCCAGAGAACUGGACUGACACCCGGGAGACACUGCUGGAGGGCAUGGUUUUCAGCCUCAAGUACCUUGGCAUGACGCUGGUGGAGCGGCCCAAGGGUGAGGAGUUAUCUGCAGCUGCUGUCAAGAGGAUCGUGGCCACAGCCAAGGCCAGCGGGAAGAAACUGCAGAAGGUAACACUCAAGGUGUCGCCCCGGGGGAUCAUCCUGACGGACAGCCUCACUAGCCAGCUCAUUGAGAACGUGUCCAUUUACAGGAUCUCCUACUGCACCGCAGACAAGAUGCAUGACAAAGUGUUCGCCUACAUCGCCCAGAGCCAGCACAGCGAGAGCCUGGAGUGCCACGCCUUUCUCUGCACCAAGCGGAAAGUGGCACAAGCUGUCACCCUCACAGUAGCCCAGGCCUUCAAAGUUGCCUUUGAGUUUUGGCAGGUGUCCAAGGAAGAGAAAGAGAAGAGGGAGAAAGCCAACCAGGAGGGAGGCGAUGCCUCAGGGACCCGAUGUGACGGCACCUCCUCAUUGAAAAGCUUGGUUGUCACUGGAAACCUGCUGGAUUUGGAAGAGGUAGCUAAGGCCCCGUUGUCUACGGUCACCGCUAAUACCAACAACAUGGACGACACACUGCGGCCUCAAGUCUUGGGCAACAACAGUGUUGUCUGGGAGCUGGAUGAUGGCCUGGAUGAAGCAUUUUCAAGGCUGGCGCAGUCACGGACGAACCCUCAAGUCCUGGACACUGGACUCUCGGCACAGGACAUCCAGUAUGAACAGUGCUUGUCGCCCACUGACUGGGACAAGCCUGACAGCGGUGGCAUCGAUCAGGAUGACUUUUUCAACUUCUGAGGGCCUGGGACUGGCAGGACACACUGGCCUUGACUUGUGAUGGACCAAAAAGCACAUGUAGCAGGGUGGCCAUCUCCAGGAGCCGCCAGCCGCUCUUGCAGAUGUGAGCUGCACAGUCAUCAGGGAGAGAGGGCAGAGCGAGCCGGGAAUAUCCAGUCAGUGACUCCUGGUCCAUACUGGGAAACCAGGUUUGCAUCAGGUACCUGCGGUGUGUGCAGGGCAGGGCCUGGCCUCCUGGUGCCCCAUCCUGCUGUGGGUGUCAAGACAAUGACCAAAGCAUUCCAUGUUCCUUUUCUCCUCAGGCAGCGAGAGCCUGUUAUUCUUUGUGCACUGGAGGGGACAUGGACUUUAGGGGAGGUGGGGCCCUCGUUCAGCUUCUUUGGGGCAGCCCCUGACCAAAGACAUGUAGCUCUGCACUUUACCUCUCAUAGAACCGACAUGGUUUGAGGGCCGUGCUGGUGCUGUGGGAGUAGAGCUUGCCUCCUGCCCGCCCUCCACAAGAGGGCCACAGUCCCUGAGGUGGUCUGUGCAGUGCUAGGACCUAGUGUGCCAGCUGCCUAGACUUGCAGUCUCACUGAAACCGUGGGGAUCGCCUCUGUGGCUCCCCAACAGACAAAGCUGGGCCUGCUCCUCUGUUUUGUCUGUGUGUCCUUGUCUGUGCCCUAUCUUCUGCUCCCCCAUGCCCCGCCCCAUAAUUCCUGGAACGAUACCAAAGCUUAGCACUAGGUUGUGGCAGAAUGCUUUUCAUCCAUUUUACAGAUGAGGAAACUGAGGCAACACAUGUUGGGUGGGGGUGGAGUUGAGAAUAGAACCCAGGUCUGAUACCAAAGCUGCUGUCUGUGCCGCCCACCUCUCACGGCCCACACCUCCCUUCUCUCCAGCUUGUUGUCCUCCCAAGAACCAAAAAGCCCCAGCUAUUUUCUGACCAAAAUGUGUUUCAUAACAAACCAUCUGGUGCCUUUCCACACAGCGCUGGCUCGGGCCUGCAUGCCCUGCUAGCUGCCACGCUGCUAACUUCCAGGGAGAUGUGUUCUGAAGUCUAUCAAUUCCACGGGUGAAACGGAAUCCUCCAGAAGCAUCUUCCUGACGUUGCAGCCCCAGUGGUCCCCCACCCCACCUGGUGGUCGGGCAGUCCAGUGGUGAGCUGUCUUAGUCUCGCUGGUCCCGUGGGCUCUGGCAUCCUGAACCUCAGCCAAGCCACAGGCAUCGUUGCAUCGCUAGGAACUCCCAGUGGCCAGGCUUAUAAGCAGGUCUCAGUAGCCCCAGGAAAACCGCAUGACUUAGUUCCCAGCUCCAGGUGGCUGAGUCAGACCCUUGCCUUGAGGAAGGCACUUGGAGAAUCCUCACUAGUACAAGGGUAGCUCCUUCUCCCCAGCCAGCUCCAGGGUCCUGAGUGCGAAGGACUACUAUGGUGUUGGGUGGUACUGUGGUCUUGACAGGCUGUCCACUUCCCAUUCCUGAUGCCCAGGCUGCUGGGUGAAGCUGGAAAGGCAGCUCUGAGGAAGAAACAAUAAAUGUUCCCUUUUUUACGUAUAAGCACCUCUUGGGGGUGUUGCUGGUGAGGAAGAAACAAUAAAUGUUCCCCUUUUUAUGUAUAAGCUUCACUCCGCUCGGGGGUAUUACUGGUGACGAGGGGCAGUGUCGUGGCUCCUGCCCUUUGGUGCUGUGAGCAACACUGUGUCCAGAGACUGGGGUAGGCCACAUGUCCACGCAGGACCGGAAUAGAGGGUGAUGGCAGGUUCCCUGUUGAUGAGCUGCAGGGUAUCUUUCUUUGCAACUGUCUCUGUGUGGCCAGGUCACUGAUGGGCGAUGCAUCAAGACCACACCAAUGGCCCAGUGUGUCGACACUGACAGUGUGUCUAGCCAUAUGCUCUGGUCAGACUCAGCCCCUGAGACAUGAGUGUGUGAGGUGUGAGUGUGCCCAUGUGCACCCCUUCCCAGGGACUGUAUUGUUCCCACGACUCUCCAGUGACUCAGGCUUACUCUGUUACUCAUGUUCUGGUCCUGGGCUCAGUGCUAAGGAUGAGCAUGGCCCAUGUGAAUUCAGCUUGUGUGGCUUUGUGUGAUGGGGACAGAGGCAGAAGGUGGGGGGUUCAGUGAUUUAAGAGACCUAACGUCCAGCUUUGGCCCUGGGUUAGUUACCUGCUUCCUUGAGCCUCGGCUUUCCUGUCUCUAAGCAGGGUACAGCAGUCCCUAAGUUGAGACUGUUGACCAUUAUUGCAUUAUUGGUAGUUCAUACCUCCAGUGGCCCACAGGUUAUCUCAAAGCAAAAGGACAUUUGGAUCGAAUGUGUAAAGUCCCAGUGGACUCUGGGACGGCAAGUAUCACUCUUAGUGCUCCUCCUGUGUGCCAGCUGACUUACAGAAGUCACGGAGAUCUCAUUCCUACCGCUGAGGGCACCGAGCAUAGAUCGGAAGGUAGCCCUGUCCUGAGUCCCUGGUAAGACCAGGGCCCCAUCUCAUGCCCUUAUCCUGUCAUGUAGGGAUUUCCCAAGAGACAGCUAGGAUUCAGCUGCUCAUGUCCUCCUGCCCAGACUCAGUGACCGACCAUUCCAGCAAGGCUGCAUUCCUCAAGUUCCAUGGGCUUCUGUCUGGGGAUUCCCCAGCUCCUCCUGCUUCCUGUAGCUUGUGGGGGUCUCGGGCAUUUAUGUAAUAGUCCUAUUUCAAGCAUCCAGAGGCAGAGCCCUCUGAUGCCAGCCAACGAGCAGACUUCCUGCAGGGCCCAAGUACAUCAGAGCAGACUAAAGAAUUCUUUCUUCUUUCUCCAUAAUUUGAAAAGACACCCAACAAGCUCAUCGUUCUGUUUAAAUUUGGCCAACGCCUUUAUUCUCCGGAUGCCUCAAAUUAUGGCUCCUGAGCCUGGCCGCCCGCUCUUUCAUGCAUAACAGAUGAAGUAGAACAAAGCCACCUUUCAGAUUUGAUGUGACCUUCAGCUCCUCUGGGUAGAUGUUGGGUUGGCUCUCCAGGAGAAGCCAUCACAAUUAAACCUGGCCAGGGCUUUUCAGCUGCUGUUCCUGGGACACAGGCUUGAAUCUGACCUAGCACCACCUCCCUGGGCAGCGGUCAGGGCCCUUGUGCCCGACCUCAGCAUUAGCAGUCUGCCUUGGCACACUAGCAGGUGGGUAGGUGGUCUUAGAACUACUUUAAAAAUUGAAUCUUUCAUUUAUCUGACAACAUAUAAACAUCAUCUUGGUCCUGUGCACCCUACUCACCCUCCUGCCCCACCCCCCAACUCCAGCACAUUCUUUUCCCCUUUUCCCUUUUUUGUAACCCGCUGAGUCUCCUGUAAGUCCUGCCUGCUGGUCCUGUUGGUCAUCGUGGGCAGGUGACCACAGCUUUGGUGAGUUCCUGAGUGCUGACCGUGUCCUGUCUAAGGACAGCAUUUCACGGCUCUCUUCCUUCACCCAGCGCUCAGCAUUGUUUGUCCUCCCUUCACAGUGUGCCCUGAUCCGUGGGAGGGGUGUGAGAAAGGUGGGCAUAGAUGCCCUAUCGGGCUGAGCACUCCCCAGUCACCGUCUCCCAACUUUGACCCACUGAGUCUGUGAACGGCUAGCCGCUGCCGGCCAUGCCGAGAAGCCACCCCGGCCAAGGUUAAGGGCAGCACUGAGCUAUAGGUAUAAACCUAAGUGGCAGUGUGGCAGCAUGUCCAUUAGCAGAACAGCAGUAAGUUCCUCCCUGGGCCUGCCACUGCCCUGACCAUGGACUUUUGACCGUGUUUGUGGUUCCAGGCCUGAAUUCCUUCUCUAGAGCAGGUCUCAAUCCUGAAUUGUUGGUUUAUCCCCAUAACCUCAUGCCAGCAUUGCACCAGUGGGCACAUUGUGCAUGGCAGGUCCGUAUUGUAGCAUGCAGGGUUGAGUGCUGGUAACGCUGAUGUAUUUCCUACCCACAGUGGCCUGGAUGGCUCCUUUGAGCACUGAAAGCUAGUCAGCAAGGAGGAAGCUUUGGGUCGGAGUUUGAUCUCUGUGUCAUACAACCAAUGUGUGUGUCAUGCACUAGAAUCUUAGCAUCUAGUUUUGGUGACCUCUGGGGCCUCCCUGAUCAAUAAGUUGUAGAUAGGUAUCCCAUAUAGUCUCACUUCUUAGAUGGGGUAUCUGGGGGACAGGAAAGGUAAGCAAGCUGAUUUGAGGCUCACAUUCAGGAAGAGGUUAAGUCUGGGAUUUGAACCCCAGGCUUUGUGAAUCCAACACUUGUUUCUGCUGCUCUGCAGACCAGCAGCACCAGCAGUGGGCAGCAUAGACUACACCGGGAGCUGCCGCUGGGGCCUGACUGCACAGGCAGCAUUGGCAGGUGCCAACCACAUAGAUCGGUCAGCUGGACUUGCCUCUUCCCAGAUCCCUCAUGCUGCUACUCCGGACAUGCCCAACUUGGGACUCAGCAGAACCAUGUGCCCUCACAUCAGGCCCCAUCUUUCCCAGAUGACAUCAUCUAGUUUGCCAGCACGAGGGUAUCCUAACCACAGGAGAGACAGUGAAUGCCAGUGCAAGAGGGCUGGAAGGGAACACUUUGUGUCUACACAGUUGGAGCUGCUGUAGAGACUAGGUAGUGUCAGCCUAUGGGAGGUGAAGGCACUGAGGCCCAUAGAGGUUACUGCGAGCCUGAGACUCAGAUCCCAUGUUUGCUGUCCUGGAGUGGCCCUGCCUCUGCAGGUCACUAGGAACACUCAGAGAACGUGACCUUGCUUCCUGGGAGCUCCUGCCAGAACAGCCUUGACUAAAUGCCAGCACAGUACUGCUGGGGCAACUUGGGGCUUCCAGCCAGGACAGGUGUGGGCUGGGACACAAGGCCAGGUGUGGGCUGGGACACAAGGCCACACUGCUAGGCAAUACAUCUGCAAGUGUCUGCUGAUGACCAGCUUGGCCUUGUCUCUGCAAGACAAGAGACCUCUGCUCUUGGCCCUUCAUAAUCCAAGGGGUGGGGGCCGUGGUUCCCAGAAGUCCCUGGUCACGCAGGCUUGCCUGCACCAGCGUGACAAUGAGGAACUGAGGGCUGUUGCAGGGGUACCAGGUGGGCUGCUGAGUGAGGGGAGUGGCCCAGCUGGACCUCAGAAGGGGUAGGAAGAUUAGAGAUACCCUCCAUGGCUUGGUAGCUCUGAUGUUUGGGGCCCUGUCUGAGUCCCUCCAUGGCCAGGUGUCCAGGCACUACCUGGCUCCAUGAGGCUAUGACUGAGCCAUGGCAGAAGGGGUAGACCUGGCUUAGGUUCCUGAGAGCCCUGUGAGGUUGGGUAGCCCCAGGUCAGUGGCAGCAUAGGUUUGCUGGCCACCAAGGUCCAGUUCCACAGACUCCCCAGCGGGCACUGGUUGAGGGUUUCCUGGGUCUUCACUGCUCCCUGCUAGCAGCCCUGCAAACCUUCCUGGGCUGCUUUGUUGAUUCUGUGGAGUCUAACUCUAGAUUCUGGCCAAAGAUCUUGCUUUCCAAAA